AUGAGAAUUGAAUUACAAAAACUUACAUCUAUAGCAAAAUUUCUUGCUAUAAAACAUUCUAUUAAAACACAAACAGUGCUAGCUUUAGAGAAGCCAAGUAGAAUUUUACUACAAAAUAUUUACCAUAGCUGGUUGAAAACCAUUCAUGGAAAAACUGUACAACAUUUUCCUGUAUACUUAGAUAAGGAUGUUGCUAUAAAGUCUCAAAAAUUAUGUUACGGAUUCAUUAAACCACAAUCAGCAGACAUUGAUGAAAUAAUAUUGCAUAAUGAUGAGUUUAAGCCAAAAAAUAAUGUAGAAUUAAAACUAAAUUUAGUUGUGCCAACACAAGAUGCAAUGCAAUAUUUCAUACAGUGGCAAAGAUAUAGGAAAUAUUGGUGGAGUUCUAUUACAACCACACCAAGUCUAUUCAGUAUAAAUGACAUGAAGCAAGAAAAUGAAUCUGCUGAUGUGAAUAUUAUAGCAAACUUCAAUUGGGGCCCUCUAGUUGUAGAGACAAUCAGUAUUACCAGUAAUGGCUCAGAGCAUAAUAACACUACUGAGACAUCUAGUCUAACUUGUGCCAUGGGAUUGGAGACAGCUUUGUUGACACUGUUAUUAGAUGGAAUUUCAAAUACAACUAAAGAAGAAUAUUUGAAAUUACAUAACAAGAUGGCGCCGUACAAAAUUUCCUUUGGGUUAGAUAGUGAAGGUAUGGAUAAAGAUGAAAAAGUAUUGAGUACACUCAAAGAGUUAUCUCAAGUGAUAUUUCACAAACUGAGAGCCAAAGAAAUAUCUAGCUGGCUACCAACUUUCACACUGCCACUACAACUUCAGAUCAAAGAAAAUCUACACAUGGGCGUUACAUACACUGCAAUACUUAAUGAAAAUACUCUAUCGAAUGGGAUUUUUCAUUUGUUAAACAGCAACACUAUGCUGAAGGAGCAAGUACACGUUGCAGACUUCGACACGUAUGCAGCCAUACUGUGUGGAAAACGUUAAAACUUACAUAAUAAUCUAUAAUAUAUAUUACAUAUAAAUAUAAAAUGAUCCGGCGUGUCUGUCUGUCUGCUCAAGAUAAAGUAACUUACUGAACGGAUUUUCAUGCGUUUUUCAAGUUUAUAAUUACAUCAAGUUUUUUUUGUUAAUUAGUUGAAAUAUGACGAUGAUUGUUGGAAGUGUCGGAAAAAUCAAUGCCAUCUGUGAGUUUUCAUCAAAAACGCUAGAAUCCCAAUACAAAUAUUUAAAAAAAAAAAAGCAACUGAUAGUGAUAUACCUCUUUUAUAGAACGGCAAAGUCUAGUAUUGUAGGGAUCUGGAUCUACUAAAUCGAUUUUGAGAAUUCUUUUACCACUAGAAAGCCACGUUAUUUGUGGGUGUCGCAUGUUACAUUUUAUCACCAUAUUCUUAUGGGAACGGGAACUACGCGGGUGAAACUGAGGGGCGGCGGAUAGUAAAUAAUGAAAGUAAUAGCCGAGCCUAAACAAAUUGAAAAUUCAUAAAAAUAAACACUAAAGUUUUCAUAUAACAGUACGAGUAGGUAAUUGCAAACAUAAAAUGAAUAUUCAAUCAAUAAAAAAAAUCCAACCUAGAUGUC